AUUCUCAUUUCAACCAAUCAAGAUUCUUUUUAUUUUGGUUCUUCACUCUUUUUAUCAAAAAUAAUCUUUCUCUAGUCCCAAUGCAAGAAAAAUAACUUGUGGACUAUUGUUAUUACAUAUAAGAGGAGUGGCAAUUUUUUUUUCUAUUUACAUAAUACUAUAUAUUCUUGUGUUAGUUUUUUUUUUCCUCCUUCUUCACUACUACUACUACUGAUACAAGUUCCAAUGAUGAAAAAUCUUUUUCAACCUUUGUAUAUCACUACUACUUUCUUGAUUUUUCUAUGUUCAAUUCUUGUUUUUCAAGUUUUAGCUAUUGAUGAUCCUUUUACACAAGCACUUUUGAGCUUAAAAUCUGAAAUUCUUGAUAAUUCAAGUAGUCUAAGUGAUUGGACUUUGCCUUCUGAUGAUGCAAAAAAGAUUCAUGCAUGUUCUUGGAGUGGUGUAAAGUGUAAUGAAAAUGGUUCAAUGAUUAUUGGUUUGGAUCUUUCAGUAAAAAAACUUGGUGGGGUUUUUAGUGAGAAUCAGUUUAGUGUUUUUAGUGAACUUGUUGAGUUAAAUUUGAGUUAUAAUUCAUUUUCUGGGGAACUUCCUGUUGGGAUAUUUAAGUUGAGUAAUUUGAGAAGUUUGGAUAUUAGUAGGAAUAAUUUUUCUGGAUAUUUUCCAAAUGGGGUGUCAAAUCUUGAUUCACUUGUGAUUCUUGAUGCUUUUAGCAAUAGCUUCAUUGGACCUUUGCCUAAAGAUGCUUCAGAAAUUGAGUCACUCCAGGUACUGAAUUUUGCAGGGAGUUAUUUCAGUGGACCAAUCCCUUCUGAGUAUGGCUCAUUCAAGAAUCUUGAUUACAUUCACUUAGCUGGAAAUUCGCUAAGUGGUAAAAUACCGCCAGAAUUAGGGAUGCUCAAAACGGUUACUCAUAUGGAGAUCGGUUAUAACUCAUAUGAAGGGAACAUUCCUUGGGAAUUUGGGAAUUUGAGUAAGCUUCAGUAUCUUGAUAUUGCUGGGGCAAACUUAUCCGGUUCGAUACCAAAAGAGCUGAGUAGUUUGACCAAUCUUGAGUCACUUUUCUUGUUCCGAAAUCAGCUUAGCGGCAAAAUUCCAUGGGAGUUGGGAAAAAUCAUAGCUUUAUCAAGUUUGGAUCUUUCUGAUAAUUUGCUUUCAGGUCCGAUCCCGGAGAGUUUAUCGGAGUUGAAAAAUCUUAAGUUGCUUAGUGUUAUGUACAAUGACUUGACCGGAACGGUUCCUGAAGGAAUUGCUAAGCUUCCACAGCUUGAUACACUUCUUAUAUGGGACAAUUUUUUUUCUGGUUCACUCCCAAAAGACUUAGGUAAACACUCGAAGCUGAAAUAUUUAGAUGUUUCAACAAACUAUCUCGUCGGUAGCAUUCCACCAAGUAUAUGUUCAGGCGGGGUGUUAGAAAGGUUGAUUCUUUUUUCUAAUAAGUUCACUGGUGAACUCUCUCCAUCACUUUCCAAUUGUUCGUCUCUUGUUCGAAUCCGUAUCGAAGACAAUUUGUUCUCAGGUGAUAUCUCUUUGAACUUUGGCAAGUCUCCUGAUUUGUCAUAUGUUGAUAUGUCUAGAAAUAGGUUCAGUGGAGGGGUUCCUACUGAUAUUGCCUUAGCUUCCAAUCUUGAAUACUUCAACGUGUCGAAUAAUCCGAAUCUUGGGGGCGUAAUCUCGGAAAAGACAUUGUCUUUGCACUUACUACAGAAUUUCUCAGCUAGUAAUUGUAGCAUUUCAGGAGAUUUUCCUCCUUUUGGACCUUGCAAAUCCUUACGGGUUCUUGAAUUGAGUAUGAAUAAUGUUUCCGGGAUUAUCCCUCAAAGCAUUAGCAACUGUCAAAAGCUUGUGAGCUUAGACUUGGCCGACAACAAUUUAAGUGGUCAGAUACCUGUAGAACUUGCUAGCCUUCCUGGUAUUAGUGUUGUAGACCUGUCACACAAUAGCUUUAGCGGUUCAAUUCCGGCCAAGUUCGGAAGUUCUUCCAGCUUACGACUUCUUAAUGUGUCAUUCAAUGAUCUCUCGGGUUUGAUUCCUUUUGAGAAGAGUUUUAAGUCGAUGGAUAGUAGCGCCUUCUGGGGUAAUCCUAAGCUUUGUGGGACACCAUUGAGGCCUUGUCGUGGACCCAAUGGACUGGAGUUAGGGAGCAGAAAGACGCAGAAGCUGGCUUGGGUUCUCAUAACCUGUGGAAUCGUUGUGUUGACUAUUACAGCUGCAGUUUUCGGAGUAUUUUACUUCAGAAGAAGAGGUCAAGGGCAAUGGAAAAUGGUUUCUUUUAGUGGAUUUCCUCGGUUUACAGCGAAUGAUGUUUUGAGAAGCUUCAGUUCUAUCGAAGAAGCCACGGAUAUGGUGCCUCCUUUGGCGGGUUCUGAUUGCAAAGCUGUUCUGCCAACAGGAAUUACCGUCUUGGUGAAGAAGAUCGAAUGGAGACCAGAGAGAAUGAAUGCUAUGUUGGACUUGAUAACGAGGAUGGGAAAUGCAAGGCACAAGAAUUUGACCAGAUUGUUGGGAUUUUGCUACAAUAACCAUAUGGCUUACCUGUUGUGUGAUUACUUGCCUAAUGGAAAUCUGGCAGAAAGGAUCAGGACGAAGAGAGAUUGGGCGACCAAGUACAAAAUCAUCAUCGCAAUAGCUAGGGGACUGUGUUUUCUGCAUCAUGAUUGCUACCCCGCGAUUCCUCAUGGGGAUUUGAAGGCAAAUAACAUUGUGUUCGAUGAAAACAUGGAAACUCAUUUGACUGAGUUCGGUGUUAAAUUCUUGAUUCGAUUAAAUAAUGGUCCGUCGGUAGCAAGAGUUGGAUAUGAAGCAGGUGAAAUCGAACGAGCUAUAAAGGAAGAACUUUACAGGGACAUAUACUACUUUGGUGAGAUCAUUCUGGAAAUCAUAACGAACGGGAGGCUGUCAAAUGCAGCGACGAGCUUACAGAACACCUCCAAAGAGGUUCUUUUGAGAGAGGUUUUGGAUGAGAAUGAUGUUGCUCCAUUGAGCUCGGUCCAGGAGGAAACAAAACUGGUUCUUGAAGUUGCUUCACUUUGCACCAGAGUUAGACCCUCGGAUAGGCCAUCAAUGGAAGAAGCAUUAAAAUUGGUGUCCGGAUUGAAGAAACAAGGCUAAUUAAUAAUGUUCUUGAACUAGAGUGCCAAUAUUUAGACAUGAUUAGAUAAUUCUGAAGCAUAAAAUAUAUUGUAUAGUAUCGUUCUUUUAUUUCAGUUUAUGUCGAGAAGUUGAUGCUUUUUUUUUUUUGGGUCAGGAAGAGAAUGUUUUGUGAUGUAAAGUAGAGGAAUGUAAGUAUGUUCUAUCCUCAGCAAUAUAAGGUCUGGUAUUCUAUCUUUUUUUAA